AUGCCCCGCGGCUUCGGGCCGACGCUCUACAACUUUGGCACCCGGUCGCGGGCUGCGGUUUCAGGGCCCGGCGUACAGUGGGGAGAGAGACGUGGAGCCGAGUUUCCAACCUCUGGAGGGAGUCCGCCCUUGCGUGCUUCUCGAGAUCGUCAACAUCUCGGGGCCACACCGACACCCGAUACCCCCAGAGGUAUAUCCCCUUCUUUAGCAUUACGCUACGCUUCUACCACGUGGCAGCAGCGGCGGGCUGAAGGUGCCUCGGGCAAUAGAGAGGUGCCGGGGGGGGGAGGACAACAAUUUCUCAAUCCAGGGACUCCGGCGGGGUACGGGAGGUUACGACGCAACACAAACAUGGACCCAGCACUGAUGGUGUGGGGCACACCGGGGGAGAAAAAGAACCAGCCGAGCGCAGAGGCGCCGAAGAAGGGCAAGGACCCUGCCAAAAGCGUGCUCCGAUUGCCUACGCCGGGGACCCUGCGAAAGGCGGCCAACGCGGACGACGAGACCAUCGCCAACACCGACCCCAAGGGCGCUAAGAAGUUCGGCAAGGACCACGUCAAGAACGUACACAAACUCGUGGACGAUGACUGACAAGAUGGCGGAGAAGCCCAGGCUGAAGCCUUGUACGAGUACUUCAAGGGUUUCCAGAGGUUCGUCGGAGGCGUCUUUAACCUCGCCGUCCGU